AUGAUGAAGACAGGCUUCCAGAGGGUGGCAAGACUCGUCCACCACAAAGCUCUCCCAAGAAACCCUCAUCUCCUUCCCAGACUCCACCAGGCCUCAGCAUUUGGGUCCUCCACAGAUUCUCUGGUUGCAAGAUUCUGUCCAGAGAAAACAGAUUUAAAGGAUUAUGCCAUUCCCAAUGCCAGCUGGUGUCCAGAUAUGCUGAGCCUGUACCAAGAAUUUCUGGAGAAAACCAAGUCAGGCAGGUGGAUUAAACUGUUCUCCUUCAAGUCCAACAGAGAACAUAUCCAGGGGCUUAAGCUCCCAUCCGGGCUGGCAGCUGCCUCAGACAAACAGGACUGGCGUAUCUUCACCAGAUGCAUCCAACUGGAAGGACAAGGCUAUGAAUAUGUCAUCUUUUUCCACCCAUCUGAGAAGAAGUCAGUCUGUCUUUUCCAGCCAGGCCCCUACCUAGAGGGGGCACCAGGGUUUGCCCAUGGAGGGUCACUGGCAGCCAUGAUGGAUGAGACAUUUUCUAAAACUGCCUAUCUGGCUGGAGAAGGACUAUUCACACUAAGUCUCAACAUCAGGUUUAAAAACUUGAUCCCCGUGGGCUCUUUGGCUGUCCUGGACACUCAAGUAGAAAAGAUUGAGAACCAGAAGCUUUACAUGUCCUGCAUCGCCCAGAGCAGAGACAAGCAGACAGUCUAUGCCAAGUGCUCUGGUGUUUUCCUUCAGCUGCAGCUGGAAGAAGAGCCAUCCCAGUAG